AAUUUAAAAUAAAAAUGGCAAAAAUAUUCGAAGCUGUACUUCAAUUGUGGCCUCAAUGCUAUGCAACUCUGCUAGUAUGUCUAUUGAACAUCAGUAUUGGUCUCGCAAGCGGUUGGACAUCGCCUUAUUUAGCGCAACUAACCAGUGAGAAUCCGCCGUUUCGCGUAACGUCCGAAGAAGGGUCCUGGAUAGCCUCUCUAUUACACCUCGGACGCCUCUUAGGCGCCGUCAUUGGAUCUCUCCUUUUAGAAUAUUUCGGCAGCAAGAUGUCUGUUCUAUUAACGGGAGUGCCGAUGAUUUUCAGUUGGAUUUGCAUAAUAUGUGUCAAUUCCCCUAUAUGGUUGUACGUCGCGAGAAUAUUUUCAGGUAUGUCAAUGGGAAUGGUAUUCAGCUGCUACCCAAUUUACAUCGGUGAAAUUUCCGCACCAUCGAUUCGUGGCGCCUUGGUGUGUGUAAUUAUCAAUGGAUUGCUCAUAGGCAUACUUUUUGCUAGUAUAAUGGGUCCCAAUAUGUCAAUGAUGUAUUUCGGUAUCAUUAGUUUGAUAGUAACGCUAGGCUACAUGGCUAUUUUUCCAUUCCUGCCGCAGACGCCGCAUUAUUACGUGCAACACAAUAACAUUAAGAGAGCAGAACAAGCCAUUCAAUGGUAUUAUCGAAAACCUGAUGUAAAAAGUGAAAUAGAAGCUGUGGAACAUUUCGUCAAGUCUACAAGUGCGAAGAGCAUAAAAGAACGAUUAGAGCAAAUAAAAAAACCCGAAAAUCGUCACUCUUUGAUAAUGAUAAUACUAUUAUACAUGUUUAUGCAACUCAGUGGACUAAACACUAUUCUAUUUUACAUGGAGAUUAUCGCGAGAAAGGCAAUGGUCACAUUGAUUACGCCUUCGACGUUAGUAAUUAUCAUCAGUGCAAUCAAUGUAAUUGUCGGGUGGAUGGGAGUAGUUGCCAUCGAUCGUUGCGGUCGCAGAAUUCUGUUAGCGAUAUCAUCGUUUGGCGUGAUGACCGGUAUGAUAUUGUUAGGUUUAUACUUCUUCCUGUUGGACUACGACUACGAUCCCAGCAAUCUCGAAUGGUUGAUCAUCCUAUCAUUCCUGAUAUUAACAACAAUGAUGUUCGGACUCAUAUUGGCGCCUAAUGCAAUGUUGAGCGAAUUAUUUCCGUCCGAUCUGAAAAGUAUAGCUGGAUUCGUUGGGAGCAUCUCGUCAGCAAUAUUUGCAUUUGUCGCCUCGAAGACGUAUCAAUCGUUGGUAGAUAUCAUCACAGAGAAAUACGUCUUUUGGAUCUACGCAGUGAUCAUGUUGAUCAGCUUGAUAUAUUCGCUCAUCGUAGUACCAGAGACAAAAGGAAAAACGCUACAGGAAAUUCAAGAUCUGAUGAUCGCAAGAAGAUCACAACAGUCAAGGAUCACUCAACAGUCAAGCGUUGAAACUGGAUAAUAUUCAAAUACAAUAAAUUAUCUAAAACUCUUUCAGAAUUUAGAAUAAUAAUUAUUUUUACUGUAAUUAUAAGAGAUAUACAAUAUAGAAAAUAUACUGAAGUAAUUAAGUUAAGAAAAAAUUGUGCGCUGUUAUUGAAAUAAAAUAGAUAUUACCGAGUUCAACAAAAAGUUUUUUCUUUCUUAUUGAAGAAAUUCAAACAUAAGGUUUACGUAAAAAAUCAAACUUUAUUAAAAAGGUGUCGUUCUUUUUUUACUACUU